AUGAGUAAAACUGAAAGUAAGGAGUCUGCUACCGAUAAGAAGGAUUUGAACCAGUUCGAACAGCACUAUUUCAACUCUUAUGAUCACUAUGGUAUCCACGAGGAGAUGUUGCAAGACACUGUUAGAACAUUGUCGUACAGAAACGCAAUCAUCCAGAAUAAAGACAUGUUCAAGGACAAGAUUGUUCUCGAUGUUGGCUGUGGUACUGGUAUUCUGUCCAUGUUUGCCGCUAAGCACGGCGCAAAGCACGUUAUAGGUGUCGAUAUGUCCAGUAUCAUUGAGAUGGCCAGGAAGAUCGUCGAUAUAAAUGGGUUUUCCGACAAAAUCACUCUGCUUAGAGGUAAAUUGGAGGACGUCGAGAUUCCGUUCCCCAAAGUCGAUAUCAUCAUCUCCGAAUGGAUGGGUUAUUUCCUACUUUACGAGUCCAUGUUGGACACCGUCCUUUAUGCUCGUGACCGUUACUUGAUCGAAGGCGGGUUGAUCUUCCCAGACAAGUGUUCUCUACAUAUAGCUGGUUUGGAGGAUUCCCAAUACAAGCACGAGAAACUAAGCUACUGGCAGGACGUUUACGGAUUUGACUACUCGCCGUUCGUUCCCCUCGUUAUGGACGAACCAAUCGUCGACACUGUCGAUGCGCAUUUGGUCAACACGACCCGUUGCAAACUGAUUGAGUUCGAUCUAAACACUGUUCAGCUCUCAGAUUUGUCCUUCAAAGUCCCCUUCAAAGUGGAGGCCAAGAAGCAAGACUGGAUCAAUGGGGUCAUCUGUUGGUUCGACAUUGUUUUCCCAGCACCAAAGGGCCAACGACCAGUCGAGUUCUCCACUGGUGCGCACGCACCUUACACGCAUUGGAAACAAACCGUUUUCUACUUGAAGGAUGACUUGGAAGCUGAAAAGGGCGACAUCUUGAAGGGUAAACUGAUUUGCUCCCCAAAUGCAAACAACAAUAGAGACCUGGAUAUCAAGAUCCAAUAUGAGUUCAAAGCCACGGGUGUUGACGCAGCGGACAGGUCCGUGAAAAAUGAAAACAAGUACUUGAUGCAUUGA